AUGCCGCCUGGAACAAGUCCUCAGACUACCAAUCCGAAGCCGGGUCCACCCAAGCCCAAUUCACCAUUUACCAUCUUCGAUCGUGCAGUCAAGGUAGCGCAGAAGGACCGAGCAGCUUCGCGCCGACCAGUAUCGGCUGACCGGCGAUCAUUCGAGGGGAACCCAGGGGACUCUUCAAGAUUGACAGACUAUGUUCGCAGCGCACUCGCCGAAAAUGUGGCAGAGCGUCUGCUUGACAUCAAGCGGCCGCAUUCCACCAUCGUCGAGAUCGGGUCGGGCCCAGGAAGCUUACGUCAGUUUCUAGACGUCAGUCAAACGAAAACGCAGAGGCUUAUCAUGUGUGACUCAAGCGAGAAGAUGCUCUACCGGGAUCAACAUCUAGAUUCACAAGCCCCCUUUGAAAUUGAACGCCGAGUAAUGGAUGAGGAAUUUCUAGAAUUCGAAGAAAACUCGCUUGACUGCGUCGUUUCCAUCGGGUCUCUGCAAUGGACGAACGAUCUUCCAGGAGCGCUCAUUCAGAUCCGUCGAGCUUUAAAGCCCGACGGGGUCUUUGUAGGUGCCAUUUGCGGAGGCGACACGCUUUUCGAGCUUCGGACAAGCUUGCAGCUCGCUGAACAGGAGAGAGAAGGAGGGAUAUCUGCAAGAGUUUCGCCCAUGGCAGAAUCAAGUGACAUGGCCUCGCUGCUGUCGCGUGCUGGCUUCAAUAUACCCACAAUCGAUGUCGACGACGUGACCGUCUCCUACCCUUCCAUGUUUGAGCUGAUCCACGACUUGCGAGAUAUGGGUGAAAGCAACGCGAUCAUCAACCGCCGGCCGAAUCUGCAACGAGACACGCUUCUCAGUGCAGCUGCUACCUACCAAGCGCUUCACGGCAACGAAGACGGCACCAUACCGGCAACAUUCAGUGUCAUUUUCAUGGUGAGUCGGCAAUAUCUCUGUGACUCGAGCGCGCAGGGCUGA